AUGUUUCUCAAUCCUAUCUUGUCGAUGGUCCUCGAGACCGUCGUAGUGGUGUCUACACUCGGCUUCACCCCGGCUCAAUCAGCCCUACGGCCCGGCGCACUUGCGCUUCUGUCACUAUGUGUAAGCCAUUGCCUCUCAACGACGCUCGAAUACUUUGUGCGCACACUCUGGGCGCUUCUAGCAGGCGGUUACUCUGUUAUGCUGCUGUUUCACUUUGCCGACGUCGGUCUGCUGACGCGUUGGGAAUUCCAUGGGCCCAGUCGUGUCAACAAGCCCACGAAAUCAAAGCGCAGGGGCUCCCGAGGAAUGUCGGGCUCGACCUGGGCGGCCCGGAUACGAUACGGCAUCUGGGCAUGUUUCAACGCGCGAUGCAUUGGGACCCCUGAGCAAGCGCGCAACAUCCCCCAGCCAUGUUAUCAAGACAGGGAGUCAUUCCUCCGCGGAGCCUUCAGUUUCAUGAUCCUCCGCUAUAUCGGCCUCGAUGUGCUCGGGUCUAUGAGCGAUCCGGAGAUAGUCAUUCGCGUAUUCUCCGCGGCUGCUUCAGGCGUCGGCCUAGUGUGCAGUCAGGGCGGGUUCUAUAAUCUCUGCGCAUUUGUUAGCGUGUUCAUGCGAUGGGGCGAGCCGCAAGACUGGCCUCCCUUCUACGGAUCCCUAUUGGAGGCCUAUAACCCAUAUGCGCAGAUUCAGGUGGUAUUUGGGACUUCAGCCUUGAUACACUUCCUGAUUGAUGUGUCGAUGGGGCUGUCGUUCUCUACAUCUGGGGCGGUGCAGUUUUUCUGCACCCAGGCAUUUGACCUCAUGAUAGAGGAUUUGGCAGUCCGUGUUUAUGUCGGUCUGCGCGGCUCUUCUCGUAGUCGAUUGGCGUUGCGGGGAGAGCGCAUUGUUGGCUUUCUCUGGGUUGGAUGCUUCCUGGCUUGGUCGCUUCCUGCGUAUGUUUAUCCGAUGCUGUAUCGGUCUAACAGGGGCCUCAAUGAGUCGGUGGUUCCAGUGAGCAUUGUUGGCUUAAUGAGAAGGAUGAUACUUGGGUAG